ACGGCUUAAUCUCUGUUAAAGCGACGUCGUCUAAUUGCUCCUUUUUUAAUAUAGUAAAAAAAUAAGAAACAAUCAGACUUAAAAAAACACCGCGUUCUUUUCGUUUUGCUUGGAUCGACUCUUCUUCAUCACUACUCUUUUUUUAGUUCCGGCGAAAACCGUUUGUAUUUUUAAUAAAAAUGGCGACGCUGCACGUGGCUGGUAAUUGGACGGCACUGGACCGGCAGUUACUGAGGUCGGUGAACGGUGGGGCAUCGAGUCUAUCUUUUUUGGGGUCGAGCUUCAUUGUUGUGUGUUAUCUUCUCUUCAAAGAGCUCCGCAAGUUCUCCUUCAAGCUCGUCUUCUACCUCGCUCUCUCUGACAUGCUUUGCAGUUUCUUCAGCAUUGUUGGGGACCCUUCGAAAGGAUUCAUGUGUAUUGCUCAGGGCUACUCCACCCAUUUCCUCUGUGUAGCUUCUUUUCUCUGGACUACUACUAUUGCUUUCACCCUUCAUCGUACUGUUGUUCGACACAAAACUGAUGUCGAAGACCUCGAGGCCAUCUUCCACUUGUAUGUUUGGGGGACGUCAUUGUUUGUGACUGUAAUACGCUCCAUUGGCAACACCCAUGGACAUUUAGGUGUAUGGUGUUGGACAGAAACAGGGAGAACAAGAAAGGCCGUUCACUUCAUAACAUUCUACGCACCGCUCUGGGGCGCAAUACUUUACAACGGGUUUACAUACUUUCAAGUCAUACGCAUGCUAAAUAAUGCAACUCGUAUGGCAGUAGGCAUGUCAGACCGUGCAUAUCAGUCGGAUGCAAGGCCAGACAUGAAGGCUUUGAACCGAUGGGGAUACUAUCCACUCAUCCUAAUAGGAUCAUGGGCUUUUGGCACAAUCAAUCGCAUUCAUGACUUCAUUGCUCCUGGCCACCAAAUCCUUUGGCUCACAGUUCUUGAUGUUGGGACAGCUGCACUCAUGGGUCUUUUCAACUCCAUAGCCUAUGGGCUUAACGCGUCAGUACGGCGAGUGAUACAUGAAAGAUUAGAUCUGUUGUGGCCUGAUAGGGUUAGAAGAUGGUUCCGUAAUGGUUUAAGAUCGAGAAAUGAAGGGCACGAGAGUGAAUUAGUAUCAUUGAAAGUUCAAGAUCAGCAUUAACAGAUGAGACGCUGAGCAUACUUGAAUCAAAAGGAUGUGCUGCUGAAGCAAUGCUUGAUGGGUUGUUUGAUUGAAUGUGGGGAGACGAUCAAAUGGAAAAAGAAGAGGGAGAAAGCUUCUGAAUUUGACUGUGUGCAGAAAUUGGUGCAACUUGCAAGGCAAGGCAGUGGGACAUGGCUAGAAAUUUAAGAGUUUUUGAUGAGCAGAUUAGUAGAGUCGGGAUCUGAUGAAGGCAGCCCGGGAGGUGGAUGUGAUAUGAGAUUAAGGAUUGAGUUGGGAUAGGAAGAUAUUACGGGUAUACAAAAAAAAAGAAUCAUUAUUCGUCCUAUUGAAUUUGAAUGAAUGAUAUUGAUUUUUUUAAAUGAGUAUGUGUUGAGAAUCUAGAUUUUUUUUAGCAAGCAAAAAAAUUUCAUUUUAUAGGAA